UGACACUGGUCGCCUUGUGGUCAAAGUCGUCGACGCGACUGGGCCAUCAUGCGGCGGGCCGCCAUCCUAGUGGCAUUCCUGGCGACAGGAGCGCUCUCAGUGCCUACGGGAGAGCGGAAAGAUGUUACGACAUGCGCGCGGGUGUGUGAGGACCCGACCGGAGCCGGCGGGCCGUUCCAGCCCGGCAGCACGCACGUUUUCGACUACACCUCUGAUGUGGUGACCACCCUGGCCGGAGCCACCGACGAGGAAUCACGACUGCACGUCACGGCCACGGCAGAGGUCACGGCCAGCACGGCCUGCGAUCUCACCCUGCAGCUGAGAGACGUCAGUCUGCAGGACUCGGACCCCAAGAACGCCAACAACAGGCAGGAUGUGGACAACAUGGCCCUGUUCAAGCAGGAGCUGGAGCGCAGGCCGCUUCACUUCAGCUACCAGAACGGCGCCAUCCGGCACCUGUGCUCCGACCCUGCCGAGCCCGUCUGGGUGGUCAACUUCAAGCGGGGCGUGCUCUCCACUCUGGUCACCGUCGACUCCAUGACGGGGACGGAGGAGACGGUCCGGCAGGAGGAGGACGUCAGCGGACGCUGCUCGGCCCGGUACUCGGUCUCCGAACACGGCGAGUCGCUGCUGAUCACCAAGCGGAAGGACCUGCUGACCUGCUCGGGACGCGGCCACCUGGUCUCCUCCCUGCAGAGCACCCCCUACUCGUCCGGAGCCGACGUCCAGUCGCUGCCGCUCCUCAAGAGCACGCUGCAGUGUGACCAGAAGGUGCACCAGGGACGCCUGGUGUCGUCCGUCUGCCACGAGAGCCACAUGUUCAAGCCCUUCUCUCACGGAGAGAACGGCGCCGUCACGCGCACCACGGUGACGCUCUCAGAGCGCACGAUCCGCAGCGCCGGCAAGUGGUGGUGGCAGAGCUCCGACGCCGAGAUGCCGACCACGAGGACCUCUCUGAUGUUCGACCACACGGACGCCGAGCUGACCCAGCACGAUCGUGUCCCGGCGGCGGUCGAGCUGCUCAACCAGCUGCAGGAGAAGACCGCCGACAACGUCCGUCCCGACGUGCCACGUCUCUUCACACGUCUCGUGCACAUGCUGCGCCACUUCACCGAGGACGGUCUGCGCCAGGUUGACGCCCAACUGGAGUCGGGCAGCGCCGCCAAGCGCUACUUCGUUGACGCCCUGCCGCUGGCCGGCUCGGCGCCGGCACUGGCUCUGAUGAAGGACAUGAUCCUGGCUGGCCUCGUCAACGAGGAGACCACCGACCGCUGGAUGACCUCCCUGGCGUUCGUCCAUGAGCCGAGCGUCGAGAUGGUGGCCGCCGUGGCGCCGCUGCUGGAGGCUCGCGAUGUGCGCCGCCAGACGCUGCUUGGCGUGUCUUCGCUGGUGCACCACUACUGCAAGACCAACGUCGACUGUAUCGAUGAGGCGGCUGUACGCUCGGUGGUCGCUCAGCUGGAGCGCACUCUCGGCUCCGGCUGCCGCGCCGUCUCCGAGGACGAGGAGAUGAAGAUGCUGACGGCCCUGAAGGCGCUCGGAAACGCUGGACGUCUCGUUGACGGAUCCGCCAAGCUGCGCGCUUGCUUCCAGGACGAAGAGAACUCGAUGGAUGUGCGUCUGGCGGCGAUCCGCGCCUUCCGCCGGAUGCCGUGCAGCGUCGUCACCGAGAGUGGCCUGAUGAAGACGUUCGCCAACCCGGGUGAGGACACCGAGGUGCGCGUCGCCGCCUAUCUGGCGGUGAUGCAGUGCCCGUCGUACGACAUCGUCGACAAGGUGCAGGAGGUCCUCUCUGCGGAAACGGUCAACCAGGUCAGCAGCUUUGUGUGGAGCCAUCUCACCAACAUGCAGGAGACCAGUGACCCGAACAAGAGUUACAUGAAGUCGCUGCUCUACAACAUCAAGCUGGCGGACAAGUUCAACACCGACAUGCGCAAGUUCUCUCGCUACUUUGAGAAGACGAUGUUCUCCGAGUCGAUGAACGCCGGUGCGACGGUGGACGCCAACGUCGUCUUCGCCGCUGACUCCUACAUUCCCAGGUCUGGCAUGUUCAACCUCACCGUUGAUCUUUUCGGAGAGGCUUUCAACCUGCUGGAGGUCGGAGGUCGCGUGGAGGGACUCCAAGACCUUUCCGAGAGCCUGUUCGGCGACAACGGUAUCUACCCGCAGGAGACCAUCAGCCAGCUCAUGAAGACGAUGCAAGGCCGACAGGACAACACACGGUCUGCUAGGCGCAUCCAGACGUCCCAGGCUUCGGCCUACAUGAAGAUAUUCGGCAACGAGCUGCAUUUCGGCAAGUAUGACUCUCUGAACGAGCUGGUCGCUUCAAUGGGCGCCAAGAACCCUCUGGACUUCCUCCAGAAGCUGGCCAAGGACAUGGACUGGACUGAGAACUACCAGUUCUUGGAUUCCUCCUACACCGUCCCGACUAUCGCCGGUUUCCCUUUCACUCUGAAGGCCACCGGCACUGCCACUCUCUCGCUGAAGACCGGCGGUAGCUUUGACGUCCAGAGCUGGAGGCAGGUGAACAUCAACGGUCACAUCAAGCCAUCGGCAGCCGUGGAAAUCAUGAGCGAGAUGACCGUCAACGCUCACAUCGCCCACACUGGACUCAAGAUGAACACCAACCUGCACACUUCCACCAUCCUCGACGGCCACGCCGUUGUGAACGGAGGUGAGCUGGUGUCCGUGCGCAUCAACAUGCCGCGCGACAAGGUUGAGGUCCUUGACGUCAGCACCCGGUUCCACAGCGUGUUCCGCAAUAAGGCCCGGAAACUGGAGAUGUACACCGACAACCGCUACGAGCUGAAGUCGUGCUCUGACAAGUACAUCAGCACCGAGCUUCUUGGUGUCAACUUCUGCGCUGACGUCAGCUACUCUCGUGGCACGAACUCUCUGCCCAGCUGCCUGUUCUCCGGCCCGCUUACCGCGCGCUUCACUGUGGAGAAGACCGACACCAUCAAGGCCUUUGAGUUCGAGUACCAGCACUCCAACGAGCAGGGUCUUCGCAAGUCCACCUUUGUCAUCGACACGGUCGGCUCAGCCGUUGACCGUCGCAUCAGUGUCGACUACCUCAUCAACUUUGACAGCAGCGAGUUCAAGGCUGGCUUCCACACUCCCAUCAAGUCGAUGGACGUGUCCGGAGCGCUGGACCUGGCCGGCCGCACGAAGCGUGUCGACCUCUCGCUGAAGAUGGACGACCGCGAGCUGUUCGGCGUGACCAGCAGCCUGGCCGUCGAUGACACCGCCGUCUCUGUUCGCUACACGCCGUCUCUGAGCAUCCGCAGCUCCGGCGACGAGCUGGCCAACUUCCAGGGCAACCUGAUUGCUAACAAGAACAAGCACAAGUACUCGGUGGACCUCACCAUCACCAAGGUCUUCCAGUCACCUCUAGUCUUCAAGGGUGGUUUGAAUGAGGCUGAUGGUACGUACACGGUGACCACCUCCAUGGAGUCGUUCCUCCUGGACGGCAACAUGAAGGGAACGUUCCGUGUCGCCGGAGACAACCUGCUCAUCCAGACCAACACCGAGUACAGCUUCGCUAACGGACAGCCGCAGACGAUCGCCGUCAACGCCAAGCUGAGCCAGAGCGAGCAGGACGACGAGAAGGCGUACCGGCUCUUUGUGGAUACCAAGUUCUCGGGUAUGCCGAUGCUCGACUGCCAGUUGCGCGCGGAGCGCCGGGUCAGGUCUGACAGCUGCCAGUCCAGUGUCACCCUGAUCCGCGGCGAGCGCACCUACGAACUGUCCUCCGGCCUCGAGUUCAGCCGCGGCAAGGUUGGCGCCAACGUCGGCUUCGCCGCGCAACACUGGGACAUCGACUUCAAGCUCGGAGGCAACGCCGAUUUCAGCGAGUACAACAAGGUUAUGGUGACUGGCGAAGCUCAGCUGAACCAGGACUAUUUUGCCAAGACAAAGGUGGGCCUGAACUACAAGAGUGAGGAGUCGGGCUUCCACUACGGCGUGAAUGCGGAGCUGGCGCUCCCGAGGUCCACCUACAUCGUCAACACAGGCGUUCGGCAAGAGGAGAAUAGCGGACACCUCAGGGUUGUGGCUCGUCACGAGACCAACGAGGAGGUCAGCGAGGUGGCGCUGGUGGGCGCGCUGUCGCUGGACGCUGAGGAACUCGGAGGCGAGCUCACGCUCAGCAUGCCGCACUUCCCGCGCUACGAGCUGUCGGCGCGCCUGGUGCCCGGCACGGGUGGCCUGUACCUGGCUCGCGCCGUGGCGCAGGCCGGACCUCGCGUCUACACUCUGGGUGCCGAGCUGAAGACCGCCCAGCGGCCGUACGAGCUGGACCUGCUGUUCGAGCGGCCCGGCGACCGGCGCAUGUCGGCGCGUGUCACCGCCCUGGUCACCGGCGAUCGGCCCGAGGUGACUGUCGACCUCCGCUUCGGACGCCGCAUCACGGCCGUUCUCGCGGGUAACCUCUACCCGAGUGAGAACACGGCCAACCUGGAGAUCUUCUGGAACAAGGACGUGGACGACACAGAGCGCGCCAGCGUGGAGGUGCUGCUGCGCGAGACGGACGUCUCGGCCAGCCUCAAGUACCCCGGACGGCAGAUCAAGCUGAUCGGCGCCCUGCACGUCGACACCUGGACCGCUGAGCUGAGCUACGCUCCGGGCAAAGUCAUUCGUGCUGAGGGCAACGUGCCGCAAGACGACAGCUUCGUCCGAGUCAACGUCAAUACGCCGCUCGAGGGCUUCACCACCCUGUCGCUGACCUACACCAAGAAACCGAACCAGGACUACAGCUCUAACCCGCUGGACUUCGAGAUCGUCGGGCGCCUGGAGGAGCAGGAGGCUCGCCUGGUCGGUCAUCUCCUGCUGCACUCGGCCAUCGAGACAAGGCUGGAGCUCUUCACUCCGGUCCCCGGCUGGGAGAAGAGCCAGCUGAGCUUCCGCUACCUUCUGGACUACAACAGAUUCGACGGUCGCGUUCUCCUCGCCAAAAACGACGACGAAGUCGCCCUCGGCGGAUCGUUUGAGAUGCGCCAAGAUCUUCUGCUAUCAAAGAUUCACGCCGCCUUGGACCUGGCCCUGCCAAUCGACGCGUUCCGUAAAGGAAAGGUCGGCUUCGACCUGAAGUUCGGCGAUGCUCACCUGGAUGGCGGCGUGCUGGUGCAGUGGAAAGAUACCCGAGAGCACGAGCUCUCUGUGUCGCUCACCAGCCAGCACUCUUUCGACCACGAGGCCCACAUGGACAGCGUCCUCACAAUCCACACACCGUUCGAGGGCUUUGAAGUCAUGAGCUCUCAUCUCAAGUUCAGCAGCAGAGCUGGCCACUUCCAUGCACUGAUGAACAUGAUCCAUGCCGAUGUCAAGAUGAUCAACUUUGAAGUACUUUCGACCAAGGGCUUCCCAACAGACAACGUAAAGUUUGUAUUCAACUGUGCCUUCUGCCCCCUCGAAAUUCUUUAUGAAGGUAACUUCGGUCUAGAAACGUCGCACACUGGCUCCGUGUCAACGCACUGGUAUGGUAAAGAACUGUCUUUCUCUUUCAAGCAGGACCAAACUAUGCCGCGUGAAGGCUCAGCGCGAUCGGAUGUCGCCGCUUCUCUAGUUCUGCCCAUUGAUCCCAGCAGGUACGCGAUGAAGAUCACACGCGAGGUGGAUAUCAGCGCACAUGAAGUUUCUGAGCAGUCGGAAUUCAGCUGGGGAAGCAAGAAGAUCGCCAAUGAAAUGACCGUGAAGUGGGAUGCGAAGAUGAACGACGAAGAUUCACUUGAAUCACUGUCAUUCACAGGAACUGGAAAGCUGACCACACCAUUCCAGGGCUGGGAGUCUGUCGAAAUUUCACAUACUAGCAAGGUGACCAAACUUAACACUCGACCAAGUUACAGUGGAUACACAAAAUAUGUUAACAACGAAGGGAAAACAGUGGAGAUUACCGACCGCAUGGAGUUCGAAGAUUCACUUAACUGGCUUCUACAGAGGGAUAUUACGAGCGAGAGCAGGUGGGUUUCAUCGGCUACUCAUUCCAUCCGCAUGAGUGGUGAGCCCAGCAGCGUUCAGCUAACGGUGAACAGUCAGAUGGCCGAUGAGACAGCCCAACUGCAAUACUCCCACCAGCUGCGCGACAUCCAGUUCUCCGCUUCAGUGAGUGGGAACUGGUUCGGCUGCCCGACGCGUGGUCUGAAGGUGGCUGUUCGCAACGCUGCGGAGGCUGUCUACCCGUCACUGGACAUCACUUACGACGAAGGCAAGACUAUCCGCAUGUAUGGAAGCAUCUCCAAGUCUCUGGAGAAGGGACAGUCUAGUGUCACCCUGGAGGCGCCGUUCACUGAUAGAGCUGUCCUUUCCAUCGAGCACGAUUGUGACUACAACACCAAAAAAUUCACAGUCGACUACCUGCACGGCGACAAACGCUAUGUCUUUGAUGUGGAUGCGUCGACUAAGCGAUAUCUGACCUCUGACGCCAAAUUGGCCAUCAAGUUCAGUUCCCCACCCACAUGUAUGGGAGAAGGGUCAAUCGUCUUCAAAUACGACAUGGAGGACGAGCUGAAACUCAAAGGCAUGGUGACCUUCAACGAUUGGAAGAUGUCUACGAAGAGCAAACUGGGCAUGAUGAAGGGCCAUUUCACCGUGAACACACCGUACACCGGAUACACGCUGCUUUCAGCCAGCUACCUGUUCAAGGGAGACGAGGGUGAGAUUCGCCUGAAGAAGGAGGAUGCUCAGAUUCUUGCGGUCCUCAGUCGAGCUUUCAGCGGCAGCGAGUCCACAUACAUCAUGCGCGUCAAUACUCCAUGCGCCGGGUACGAAUCGAUGACGCUGUCUAUCAACAAGCCCAUGAAUGAGAACAGGUUUAAUGCCGAAUACCAGCGCGGCCGCCUUGCCUCUAUUUCCAUCACCACCGAAUACGAGAUAUCAGCUCCUGUCUUCUCAAUUUCGGCGGAAGCGCAGUCAACGAUCGAGGGAUUCUCAACAUCGGGACUUUACAUUAGUUACAACAUGUUUGAUCAGGAGGCAAGGUUCGUGCUCAGCAAAGAAAACAAGAAAAUUGACACCAAGGUCGUUGUGGGACUCAGUGCUCUCUAUUCGGAGCUCUCGGUCGAGUAUUCCAACACUCUCCUCGAUUUCGGCCUUCCGCAGCAGCUGACUGUUACCGGUAUGUACAACGUUCGUGAUGUGAAGAAGUCCAUGGAACUUGCUGUCAUCAAGGGAGAAGAAAGAUUCGUGUUUAAUGCUGAGGCUCAGCUUGAGGAUGAGCUCAAUCUCUUCACCGUCACCAUCAAUACACCAAUUGAUGGGUAUGAAUCUGCGAAGCUGGAAGCCCGUCUCCAUUUGACCGAUUCGAAGAUCCUGGCAAAGCUAGAGCUGUCCAAAAAUGAGGACAUCCUUAAAGCUGUUUUCCACGCCAAGCGUGACGAGGACACCGUGGGUGCAUCUGUUGCGCUGCAUACUCCUUGGGAAGCGUACCGUCUUACAACUCUGUCUGCUGAAUACGGGAUGGGAAGCCUUGGAGGCUACGUCAAGCUGGUCGCGGAGCGCAACUCGGACAGCUACGAGAUAAAGGGAACAAUGGAAGAAAAGGACGAAACCGUGCUGCUGGUCCUCACCACUCCGUUCACAGGUUUUGAAAGAAUCAGCACGGAAGGAAGCUUUAGUAAGAAGGACAGCGGCGUGCAUGCUCUUCUUGUUCUAUCGCGCAACCAAGACGAAAUUCGCCUCGCUCUUAAAACAGAAGUGUCCUGGACAAAGUCUAAGGUUUCGUUGGACAUCACAACACCAUUCCCCGGAGCACGUUUCUUGGGAGCGACAGCUAUGUAUGACAUCCAGAGUGAGCAGAAGACCGCUAACGUGCUUGUUGCUGUGAAUGAAAUGCAUUAUGGGGUGAACUUGUUUGCCUACAUGAAGCGAGGGGCUGCCACCGGGCUUGUUGAGCUGAAUACUCCCGUUGAGGACUGGGAAAACGUGAAAUAUCAGGUCACUUAUGACAUCAACAACGAUGAGAAGGUAAUUGAAAUCAGUUACGAGAAGAAUGGAGUGAAGCAGGUCAUCGCCGGCAGGGGUUCUUACGAUGGAGAGAACGCCUACAUCGACGUCAUCACGCCCCUGAACGGCUAUGAAAACAUGGGAAUCAAUGGCCGCUAUGUGAACCGAAGAGGCAAACGUGAGGCUGGUUACGACGCCCAUGUGAACGACCAUCGGCACCGCCUGUAUGUCCUGUACGAGAGAAAGGGACUAGAAAGUGCUACGCUGAAAGUUGAAACGCCCAUUGAAGGUAUGCAUAGUAUCAGCGUGGACGCAAGAUCGCAGGAGUUCCCCGAUGGCAUGGGCUACUACAUCAACACUAACCGAGAUGGCAAGCGUAAUACAAUCGAGAUCCGCACUGUCAAAGACGAUGACAGCAUUGGUGCCGACAUUAGCAUCCAGUCGUACAUCGAAGGCCUUGAGAACGUCCGCCUGUCCGGAAACAUCGUCACCAGGGGUCGGAGGAGGUCGUUUAGCUUCAAGUCGGUCAGGGGAGAAAGUCAGGCGGAGAUCUCUGGUCAAAUCGUUAUGAAGCGAAGAUCUGGAAAGGGAAAAUUCAAAGUUAACCUGCCGAUGAUCGAAGAAUGGGGUGACAUUGACGCAUCGUUUGAAUACGAUCUUGGGCGAACAAAGACCUUCCAGCUGACGUCAACACGAGGUGGGGUCACCAGGGAGUACUCCGGUUCUUUGCAAUAUUCUGACACAAGCUUUGCAGUCACUCUGAACACACCAUUCGAUGGCUUCGAAACACUGUCCGCGGAGGCUAGCCGAACAGAAGGUCCUGAUGGGACCAUUACUGCGGAUAUCAAACUGACAAGGGGCGACAGAAAGGUAAAGAUCGACUACAACUAUAACUUGUCGGGAAGUGACGGUUCUGGUUACGUGAAAAUCACCACACCAUACGACGACUUCAGAACGAUAAAAACAUCACUGUCGUACAACAUUGGAGCUUCUUCUCGCACGUUUGAGUUCAUGGCACAACGGGACGCAAGGAAAUGGCAUCUCAAGACCUCUCGAAGCUGGGCAGACGGAGAAGAUCACGCAAGUCUUGAGCUGCACACUCCUAUCGAGGAGAUCAGUGAGGUCAAAAUUGAGCGCAACUUCAACCUGCAAAACCUGAAAGCAAUGACAUACAACGCUGCAUACGAGAGGAACGGCAGGAAGUUCUCUCUUUCUGGAACCGGAUCCAUCAAACGCAAAGGCAAGGAGGCAAGCUUUGACGUUUCCGUCAGUACUCCUCUGGAGAUCGGCAGCCUGGGCGCUACCAUCGCCUACGACUUUGCAAGCAAGCCUAGGACCAUCAAUGGCAAGGUUACUGCUGGCAACAGGUAUGCCAGUCUGACUGCCUCGCUUGCAGCUGAUGGUGGAUCAGUCAGUCUCGUCACAACGAACGAAAUGCUGCCUAAGGCCGACUUCGUGUACACCGCUGACGUGUCAGCGUCCAAGCGAAGUGUUCAAGCUUCUUUGACCCUGUAUGAUGGACGAAAACUAGAACUGGACUACCUGGCGGACUAUAGCCGGAAGAACAAGGCCAAUGGUCACAUCUACGUUCAAUCGACCACGUUUGGAGACAGAAAGCUAAUUUGGGACUACGCUACUCCAAAGGAUGACUUCGCUGCCAACCUGAAGUACACUUCACCUAAUGGUAAUUUGGACUGGUCUGUGACAGUGGACGGAAAGAGGUACGUCCAGAGGAAAAUUGUAGUCAAAAGCUCCAUUGAAUCGGAAAUCUACACCAGCUCUUGGAUGGCCACUAUCCACUACAACACAAAGAACGGCUUCACCACCAAAAACAAACUAGUUUACAAUGGGAAGACAUACAGUCUCAAUUUUGAUGCCAAGGAAGUCAACGGAAAACGCGAAGUUUCUCUCAGUUACUCUGGUCAACUCCUGAAAGGACUUCAGAUUGAAGGAACAUGGACAUUGCCAUCCAACCCAGCUCCAAAGAAAGAGUUCGAUAUCAGUUACAAGCGCGGACCAAAAGAAGGAUCACUCAAAGGCUCUUUCCAAGUUAGUCCAGGAGGCAAAUCUGGAUCGGUUGACAUCAAAAUUACGACACCCUUUAAAGUAGUGAAAAGUCUUGACGUAGACGGAAGCUGGGACUUCAUCCUUCCCAACCGUAUCCUCAAUAUCAACUACAACAGGAACGGCGGCAAGACCUAUUCCUUGGACUUCGUCGCAUCUCGACAGGAAGAGGAAGGAAAGCCUUACGGACAGUAUAGGCUGAGUGUGACGACACCACCGCUCGAAAUGAGGCCAAACGUCUUUGUAAGCGAACACAGCAUCGAGGUCACUUUCGAUAUGCGCUACGGCACAAUGUUCAAGUGGGUAGUGACUAGUCCCAUCGAAGAAGAGCUGCUGAUAGACGUCAAACAAUCGGGCAAUGUCAGAACCGUCAAGGCCCACUACCGUUACAACGACGAAAUCGGAUUGACCCCAUACAUGCCACCUUACGUUAACAUUGACUUCAAUUCGAAGCGCACAAACAGAAGGGCUGGUCCCAAAAUCGACAUGACCCUGAACACAAACUUUGAGGGCUUUGAAGACAUUGAAGUCAAUAUUGAUGUCUCUAGAGGGCGGCCCAAAAGUACAGUGAAGGUCAACUACCGGCGCGGCACCAGAACCGCCGACAUGACCGCGGAAUUCGAGAUGAAUCAAGCGGGCGGAGGCAUUCGAUUCGAUAUCAAGACACCAAUUGAAGGGUUUGAACAAGUCAGUAUUAGCGGAAGUUACGCCAAGGAGCCUAACUACGCCUUGAACCUGGACUAUUCACGAGGUGAGAAGUACGUCAAGGUCACAUCGUCGUUGCAGUAUAACGCCGAGCGGUCGUACGGCCAACUGCAGUCGGGAAGCGUCGACGCCAGGUUCAAGCUGGAUUCGUUCAUUACGAUGCCCAUCGACCUGUUGGUCACCCUGGACGGCUCGAUGGAGGCUCAACCUCGCCGAUCUGGUCAGUUCAAGCUAGUGGCCACUCUGAACGGUGACACGUACUCUGUCGACCACCAGGUGAGCCGUGCCGAGGCCGGUCGUCGCACCGCCCGCAUGGUCAUCCUCACGCCGUUCAAGGGUCCCUUCAAGAAGAUCGUCUACAACGCUGACGUAUCGACGGCCGCCAACAAAGCAACGAUCUCGCUGGAGUACGGCAGGAAGAGGAUCGACCUGGACGUUUCCUGGUUCGCCGGCGAGGGCCGCCAGUACGGUGCAGAGAUUCGCCUGAACACGCCUUACAAACCAGUCCAGGCUGUGGAGCUUGACGCCAAGGCCACGCUGCAGCCACGCGGUGACGUCGUAGACGUGCUGGUGCACUACCGUCGGGGACAGAAGAUGGUUCAUGUCACAGGCACCGUCCAGCCCUUCGCCGUUGACCUUCACUUCGAAACACCGACCUUUGGCAACUUUGGAGUCAAGGGUGGCUACACUCCGCUUGACAGUGCCCUCAAGGUCGAGGCUAUCGUUUCCCUCGCCUCUGGUAGGGACAUCGGCGGCAGCGUUACCGUCAAACCAGGCUUCAGGGCCAAAGACAUGCAGCUGACGAUCGACAUCCGAACGCCUGUCGAGGGCUUCGAGCGUCUCGGCUUCGACAUCGCCUACACCAAUAUCGACAACAGCAACAUCAUGCGAGUGGCCUUCGAGUCCCCCAUGACAAAACGCGUGGAGCUGUCGUUUGAGCUGACCAACCUGACGGAUGACUACAGCACCGACUUCAGAGCCGGCGUCACCACAAACUACCUGGGCAACGCCUUCACGUUCAAGACCACCAUCCUGAGGGACAGACACGGCAUGAAGUACGAGCUGGAGAUCGAGUCUCCGUUCCACAUCCUGCCAUCCUUCAAAAUCACGGGACGGCGCUGAUCGCUGCGCCCGGAGAGUCCCGGCGCUCGGCACUAGCGGCAUUCGAUUCCGCUGCUUUCUUAUCACCCUUAGUGCCGGUUUGUGAGUGUUGUGUAAAUAUCAUUGUGCGUUAUGUGCGAGAAUCGCCGUACCAUGUUAUAGUCAAUGUGUCGAUGGGUGGUGAGAAAAUACAUGAUGUAAAUCCGGACAUGCAUACAGCACAGACAAAUUAAUGUGAGUUCAAACUUGAUGCGUGGAUUGCGGCAAAUAAAUUGAGUGUGUGAA